UUAAUGGGUAAAUGAAUUUAUCAGAGGGAGAAAUUCAACAAACGCGUGUUAGGCUUUUAUUUGUGCACAUAACAUUGAAACUAUCUAUGGAGUGUGUGGUGGCUGCUUCAUCUGAGGGAGCUUCUUCCACAGGCUUUUGGCUGUUUUAAUUUAAACCAACCACCAGAUGGCGCUGUUUUCGACACUCUCGAAGCUUGGAGUCUUUCCCUUCAGGAAAGUCAGGGGAACGCGUCAGUGCUUUAAGAGGCUUCAUUUCCUCAUCCCUGUUGUAUAUAUUUUAUUUUAUUAUUAUUUUUUUAGAAAUACUUCAGCCAUGGUAUGUCAACUUUUGCUGUUCGCUUUUGGAAUCUGAAGGCGUGUUUGGAACCGGAAAUGGCUUUACGUCGUGCGUGACGUCAGUCUUAACAAGCGGAUUCUGAACCAAUCAUAAGCCCCGUUCUCUUGCCGUUGACGAAUGAGAGAUAUCGUAGAUUUUUAAAUGUGUGAGGUUUUUUUUUUUUAUUUUUUUUUAAAGCCACUGAUAUUUGUGAGGAUUCAGUGACGAGUUAUGUUUGUUUAAUCCCAACAGAAUAGUUAAUUAUUCUGAAAGAAAACCCGUGUCGAAUUUAGGAAAUAACUAACUGUGGUUGGACCAACUGAAAUGGCAAAAGGCAAGAAGAAAACACGGACCGUCAGGCUAAGAGUCGAAGAACCACAGAAGAACAAUAUCGAAAAAGAAACUAAAGAAAACGAACACGAUUUGAAAACGACUUGCCAAGAGCAGUUAACAAUAAAUUCCGAUAAUCUUCGUUCUCAACUUCGCAACAGCCCGCUUUUUCCUAUUCAAGAGGAAAAUUCAUCCUGCAGCACCCACAAUGCAAGCAAACACCAAGUAACACUUGCAGUCGACCUGCAUUCACCUAAAGAAGAAAAUAAAGGGACACAGACCAUUAGGUCUUCUGGACCUAAAGAGAAGCAAUCUCAUGAAGACAAAAGCUCUGCUACAGUCCUUCCAAACAAAUCUGAAGAUGGGACUCAUGCUAAAAUCAAAGUCUCACACAAAAAAGCAGAAGUCAAAACUUCUCAACAAAACCGGAAGGUCACUGAUUAUUAUCAAAUUAGAAAGAGCGCUAGAAAAAGUAAAGCUGAACUGAAGAGUGAAGAGCAACGUCACAUUGAUGACCUAAUCUUAAACAAUGUGGAAGAUGGACUCAAGGUUAAAUAUAUUGACGGAAAAGGACGGGGGGUUUUCGCAGACAGAGAAUUUAAUAAAGGUCAAUUUAUUGUGGAGUAUCAUGGGGAUUUGCUUCAGAUUUCUGAUGCCAAGAGAAAAGAAGCACAGUAUGCUCAAGACCCUACAAAAGGCUGCUACAUGUACUACUUCCGCUACAAGAACCACACUUACUGUGUGGAUGCCACUAAAGAAACCGAGCGACUAGGGAGGCUGAUCAACCACAGCAAAAAUGGAAACUGCCAAACGAGAGUGCAUAACAUAAAUGAUGUACCUCAUCUCAUUUUGGUGGCAUCCAGAGACAUUAAAGCAGAAGAGGAACUACUUUAUGACUAUGGCGACCGUAGUAAAGAAGCCGUUGCUGCUCAUCCUUGGCUCAAGUACUGACGUCAUGUUUCAUCAUUGUAAUCCCUACCUCAAAUAUGAGAAAUCUGGGAGAAAAUUGAGUUCUUUGCCAUGUGAUUGCCUUAUAUUUAAUAUUCUGGAAUCACCAUUCCCUAUUGUACCUUGACCUAUUCUUGUAUUUAUGUUUUUAACAUAAUAUUUUUGAUAUUUUAAAAUCUUUUUUAAAAAUAGGCUAUUAAGAUUUGUAAUUUUUUUUUUUUAACCAUUUCAGUGCAAGCAGAUUUUCAAGAAUUCUUUUAGAAUCUUGUUUUUUCAUACUAUAUUCGAGUUGUGUACUAAUCAUGUCACAUAUCUUUGUGUUUUGGUUCUACACAGUUUUGAGAGGCAUUUAUUCUGUGUAUGAAGAAUAAUAAUUAACUUCAGGUUGGGAACAGUAACACACACACACACAAGGAGCAAUGUUUUAGCUUAGGAUUUUUAUUAUUCCCCCCUCCCCCCUUUAAUGUGUUGUGGUCCAGCUGAAUGAAUAAAGAACCUUAGAUUUUUCUCGUGCUGUAUUGCUAUAAAAUUUCUGGUAUUUAAAUCAUUCCCGGGGGCUUUUAAGAUAAGUAAGCAUGACAUGACUACAUGUUUAUCUGUGGGGUUGUGUGUAUUGUCAGGUCUGAUUUGUGAAUUCUGAUGACUAUAAAAUUCAGCGAUAUUACAAUUUGGGGUUUCUAUUUUCUAAAGCACAUAACUCUGGGUGACCACUUGAAGGAAUACAAUCAAUGAUUUGUGAAACAUUUUAUUGUCUGUUUUUAUCUGUAUAUAAAAUAUAGAACAUAUUUUACAUUGAAAUUGUAAUACCAUGAUAAUUUGAUCGAUAGACCUAUAGCUGAUGGAAUUGGUAAGCUAUCUUUCUGUCAACUUUCUUUCAUUAUCUUUCAUCAACCCUGACCUUAGGUGGAGUUCUGCCGCAGUCAGCCAGUUUCCUUUUGGCCUAGAGGUGGGUCACAUAAACUGCUGUCCUCUGGCACGCACAUGGAAAUGAGUGUCAGUGGUCUAUUCUAAUUGUUAGAAUGUUUGCCUAACACCUCCAGGGUUGAGGGUUUGAUUCCUGCUGCUGCCUUAUGUGUGCAGAGUUUCCCCUCCCCAAGAGCGACCGACCAACAAAGAUCACUCCAAGAGUAAAACAUAUAAUAGUCCAUGUCAUCAUAAAGGAACCCAGGGUAGUUUCUAAGCAAGUAAAGGCCUCUCUCACAUUGGCUAGUGUUCAUGAGUCCACCAUCAGGAGAACACUGAACAACAAUGGUGUGUAUGGCAGGGUUGCAAGGAGAAAGCCACUGCUCUCCAAAAAGAACAUUGCUGUCCCUCUGCAGUCUGCUAAAGAUCAUAUGCACAAGCCCGAAGGCUAUUGGAAAAAUGUUUUUGAGAAAGAAAACUUUUUGCUUUAAAUGAGAAGCAGAAAGGAAGUGGGUCAUUCAAGACAAUGACCCUAAGUACACAAGUCAUUCUACCGAAGAAUAAAGUUAAUGUUUUGGAACGGCCAAGUCAAAGUCCUGACCGUAAUCCAAUAGAAAUGUUGUGGAAGGACCUGAAGCAAGCAGUUCAUGUGAGGAAACCCACCAUCAUCCCAGAGUUGAAGCUGUUCUGUACUGAGGAACGGGAUAAAAUUCCUCCAAGGUGAUCAAUAGUUACUGGAAACGUUUAGUUGCAGUUAUUGCUGCACAGUUGUUAUUGAAAGCAAAGGUUCACAUACUUUUGCCACUCACAAAUAUGUAAUAUUAGAUAAUUUUCCUCAAUAAAUAAAUGAUCAAUAU